AUGCUUAUGCUACCAUCAAAAUGGGUAAUAUAUAUCUUGUUGGUGAUCAAUUGUGUUGGCGCACACUGGUCACGCGUCAGCCGUCAAGCAGGAUAUUCUUAUCAACGACCCAACGUACCAUUCUCGUUACCAACGGAAAGAAGUGGCCAACAAGGAUAUCCAAGCUCUCAACCUAGUUAUUCUUACCCUGCACCUACACCACCUCCUCCUCCUCCACCUCCUCCAUCCCGAGGAUAUCCAAGCUCUCAACCUAGUUAUUCUUAUCCUGCACCUACACCACCUCCACCACCCCCUUCUCCUCCAACCCGAGGAUAUCCAAGUUCUCGACCUAGUGUUUCCUCAUUUGUCCCCAGUCCUUCAAGUGGUUUUCCAACAACUGGUGUGAUAAAGUUGAGCGGACCAGCUGGGGGCUCCAGUUUUGCGACCGCCUCAAGUUCGGCCAGCGCUAGUGCGUUCAGCGAAACAUUCAUUGGGCAGCAAAAUUAUCCGAGCCAAUCUUCUGUCUCCAUUCCUGCUGUACCAAGCUACAGUCCUACAGGUCCGACUGUGAGUUAUCCUUCCACAUCGGGAUAUCCCUCUACAACUCCAGGAUAUCCUUCGGUUACCCCUGGAUAUCCCUCGUCAACACCAGGAUAUCCCUCAGUUACGCCUUUACUUCCCUCACCUACAGCAGGCUAUCGUUAG